CAGGAGCUUGCGGUCGAUGUCUUGGCUAGCAUAAGAGGUGGAGAGGACAGUAGCGAUAUGGAGGACGCUUACCUGAUGGACGGCCGCGAGCCUCUGGCUGAACUUGGAGGGACGCCGCGGGAGGGAGGCUCAAGCGCCUUGGUCGGUUGGAUACCACCAGAGCAACUGGCGAUAGCCCCUAGUGCAUUAUCGCCGACUUCCGCAGACCCUCGGGAUGGUCAAAUUGGCGAGUCACUGUCUGUUCUAGCAAAAACCGCCGCAAAGCGACGAAUCGCUGGGGCGGCCUCUGUAUUACCGCACGAACUACUGUUGACCAUUUUCGAGGAAGUUGACGAGCUAUCUACGCUGCAUCGUUGCUGUUUGGUCAACAGAGCGUGGAAUACUGUCGCACAGGAGGUGUUGUGGAGAGAGGUUCUGUUAGAGAACGCAACCCGCGUGAGGAGAUUUGUGAGAGGUGUGGCAUUCAGUGCCGCACCUCGCAAUCCUAGGCGAUCAGGGAGGACCCGGACCGGUUUGGCGGUCCCAAAGUCCUUCGAGGGCUUGGGGGAUCUGCUCAAGCCGGGUUUCCUUGAAUUCGCGAAUGGGGCCUCGCGGCGGCUGGGUACAGUCGUGGGAAAUCGAGCCAUCCUUCCCGUCGGUCUUGAGCCUUCAGUGUCAAACGCCUUGAUUCCUUCUUCGGCCGAAUCGCAAGUGAAGCAGGCUUCACGAAAAGGGCUGGGGAGUAUGGUGAAGAAGCUGAUUGUGUCCAGCAGUGAGCAGAAGGUGAUCUUGCUGCAGCAUGUCAGUAAUUUGCUCAAUAACCUUCAAAGUCUUCAGUUCCAGCAUCUCUGCGGCGAAGGCGUGGCUGGUCCAUCCUUGGAUCCCCGCAUUUUAACAUCGAUGGAACCGGUGAUCCAACGCGUGUCAUCGCUCACGAUCGAGGACGUUGACUCACCAUGCUGGCCGGAUCUCUGUCGAAUCCUGAGGGAGCACGGGGGAAACCUACGCAAUCUAAACAUUGAAGCUGUGAAGGAUAUUGAUGCUUUCGAGAGCACCUCUGAUCUUUCGGACGUCUUUCCGAAUAUGACGGGACUGGAGUUCAUACGACUGGAUGGAAUACCGGUGGGGCCGAAUGCCAGCAUUGAACGACUGGUGUCAAGUUGUCGAAACCUGACCGCGGUUACGUUGGACUAUUGUCUCGAAAUAACGAUGGACGUUCUCGUCGUAAUUUGGAAUGGUUGCCCGAUGCUGGAUUUCCUCGGAAUGGCUGGUGUCGUCGGACCAAUGAGCGCUGGUAUCCAACUAGAUCACAGGCCGUCACUGAAGACGUUGAGGCUAGUCGAUUGCGACGUCUUUGACGAAAUGUUUGAGGAGGUCGCAAAGAAAGCCACCAACCUGGAAAUGUUACGACUUGUCUUUGAAGACGAGGAAUGUGAAGGGAUUGUCUUGGUCUCAUCGGAACUGACCGAUCGCUCCCUCCGUGCCCUCGCCACAUAUACCAACACCCUUCAAAUAUUAGCACUGACGCGAUGUCCCAACAUGUCGGCAAAAGCAUUGGCGGAAGUCAUCCGGAGGAACCCCGUGCACACAUUAGACUUGCACAAGCAUCCCGAAUGCUCGAUAGGGAAGUUCGAUGACACGUAUCUUCGCGAGCUUGCUCCUGCAUUCAACAAAGUGAAGGUGCUCAAUCUCUAUGGUCAAACCGUGCUCACCGAGUCGUGUAUCAGCGGCGUCGUUCGUGAUGGCUUUUGGAGUGGGUUGCAAAGUCUGUCCAUCAACAAUCUCACAGUGGGACCGGGCGUGCUAGAUGCGAUCAGGGAGAGCUGCCCUCUUUUGGAGGUGAUCAGUCUUGUGGACUGUCCGAAUAUUGCAGGGGAGGCAGCUGAAGGGUUUGCCCAAGGACGACCGGUGUGGCACAUCAAACCCCCGAAUCCGCCAACGGAGGCAGGAGCGGAAGCAGGGCCUGCCGUAGAGCAUCGUGUCGACGCUGCCACGGAUACUGGCGGCGAUCCGGUCACAUCUCUGGAACAGCCGCCGCCUAGCCAGACGCCGGUCGACGACCAAAGUCAUUUGCGCGAUGAGUCUACCGGGACUGGAGAAGCCAGCCAGGACCAUGGUCCCGCGCAAGCGGCAGGAACGCCAAUUGAAACGGACGAGUAUAUCAUGGUGGAUACCGCGCCUUCUCCUCCGGGCCCUUCGAGUCCUGUUGUCUCGGCAAGUCAUGACACCGAGCCUUCCAAUGCGGCGCCGUCAUCGUCGAUUACGAGCAGCCCGUUGAGACUGCUGGGCAGGAUAUCUCCACCCUCGUUCUUCACUCCGGAGCCGUUCUUCAGCAGCGCCCCGAGCAAUACCGACCCGGUAGAAAGUCCAAGGGCCGCAACCGCGCCGUCACGUCCACCAUGUAUCUCCGCAUCGCCCGGUUUACACGCACACAGCCCCGAGGACGGCACUCUUUCCCCAGCAGCUUCCCACCCAGACGGUACCCCAUUGGCCGUAGGGACAUCAUCAAUAGCGCCGGCCUGCCGCAACACCUGCCACCACAAAUGCCCAGCACAUACCCCACCCGCACCGCUCCGUUACCUUCACCGCGUCUACACCCUUGCUACCGACGUAGUCGAAUCACACGUCAUCAAGCACUGCGACUGCUGGUUUGUGGACGAAGGGUUGGAUAUUACGAGCUUGUGGGAGAGCGCUGUUAGGAGGUCGGCGGGGAGGGGGUGGUUGCUGUGAGACGCGGGCAUGUUCCUCCACCCCCAGUGGGUCCCUUGUACAUUCGGCGUUUUUGGAUGCUUGCGUUUAUCAUACCCUAUGCUGUCCAUCUAAAUUCACGAGCUGCCGUUCUUUGGACAUUGUGUUUAGUCUCUGUGUGUGAAUGUGGUAGGGCGG